UUCUCCUUAAUGGCCAACAGGCAAUGCCACAUUUUUUGUUUGAAUGCAGUAUGCAGUAGCACUGGGCUGAUCAGAAGGCGGCGACUGUACUGUUGUGUGUACGCGCAGUUCCACUCUGAUCGCAGCUGGCGCUGUACCGACUGGGCUUGGUUUAUCUCAGAGACGACCCGCAGCUUCCUGUUUAGAACAGUUCAGGAAAGAGAGCUAAUGGCAUCGGCGGAGUGGUCGGAAUCCCCUCGGACAGGGGAAACCCGGAGUUGCCGGGUCUGGAAUAUCGUUACCCGGAUCCGACAGGGUCAAAUUACGGGCCGGGGAAUGAACCGGGGUACACAGAUUCCUGAGGCGCUGCUAAACGAAAGGGAUAAAAAAGCAAAAUGGUACGGUAUCCCAGUUCUUUUGCAGAAGCUGUAUGAAAGCAGUGACCCCAACAGCGACCUUUUGCAAACCCAUGUUUUUCUCAAGGAGAUCUCUUCCUUACUGUCCAAGGAAGCCAUGACAUUUGUAACAGAAGACAGAAAGACUGCACAAGAGUCCACGUUUCCAAACACAUACACCUUUGAUCUUUUUGGGGGAGUUCAUCUAUUAGUAGAAAUCCUUAUGAGACCCACGCUGACGACACAGAAAAAUAAGCCAAUGAGUGAUGACCUCAUUAAGGACUGUCUAAGCAUUUUGUACAACUGUUGCUUAUGUACGGAGGGUGUCACAAAGAGCCUAGCAGCGAGGAGUGACUUUGUACUGUUUCUGUUUACACUGAUGACAAACAAAAAGACAUUUUUACAAACUGCCACACUAAUUGAGGACAUUCUGGGAGUUAAAAAGGAGAUGAUCCAGUUGGAGGACAUUCCUAAUCUGGCAAGUUUGGUGCAGAGCUUUGACCAACAGCAGCUUGCAAACUUCUGCCGGAUUCUCUCGGUCACUAUUUCAGAGCUGGACGUCGGCAACGAUGACAAGCACACCCUCCUCGCCAAAAAUGCUCAGCAGAAAAAGAACUCCAGCCCCUCCCAGGCAGAGAUAAACCAAGCCACUGUCCUGAACAUCCCCGGGUUUAUUGAGCGGCUGUGCAAGUUGGCCACCCGGAAGGUGUCAGAGAACACACGCUCGUCUAACUUCCUUCAGGAGCUGGAGGACUGGUACACGUGGCUGGACAAUGCGCUGGUGCUCGAUGCUCUCAUGCAGAUGGCCAGCGUAGAGGCAGAGCACAGCAGUACAGAAUCCUCAGAUGAAAGCUCUUUGGCUACCAGUCCCCAAAGGCACCAUCUGCCACAGUCCAUGAAGAUAGUGCAUGAGAUCAUGUACAAAGUGGAGGUGCUGUAUGUGCUCUGCGUCUUGCUAAUGGGUCGACAGAGAACACAGGUGCACAAAAUGCUGGCUGAGUUCAAGCUGAUCCCUGGCAUAAAUUAUCUCUUCGACAAACUCAUCUGGAGGAAACCUACAACAAACCAUGUGUUACAUGGGCAGAACCAGAACUGUGACUGCAGUCCUGAAAUUUCCAUGAAGAUCCAGUUCCUCCGACUACUCCAGAGCUUCAGUGACCAUCACGAGAACAAGUACCUGUUGUUGAAUAAUCAGGAGCUCAAUGAGCUGAGUGCCAUCUCUAUGAUGGCUGACAUCCCUGAGGUGGAGGCAGUGGUCAACACAGACAGGAGUCUUGUGUGUGAGGGAAAGAGAGGUCUACUUACAAGGUUACUAUCAGUCAUGAAGAAAGAACCUGCAGACUCCUCAUUUAGGUUCUGGCAGGCGAGAGCAGUGGAGAGCUUCCUGCGGGGCGUCACUUCCUAUGCUGACCAGGUGUUUCUGUUGAGAAGGGGGCUUCUGGAGCACAUCCUGUUCUGUAUCAUUGACAGCGAGUGUAAAUCCAGGGAUGUAUUGCAGAGCUACUUCGACCUGCUAGGGGAGCUCAUGAAGUUUAACCUUCUCGCCUUCAAGAGGUUUAACAAGUACGUCGACACGGAGGAAAAGUUCCAGAUUUUCUUGAGUCAGAUCAACAGUUCCCUGGUUGACUCCAACAUGAUUGUUCGCUGCAUUGUGUUGUCAUUAGACAGGUUUGAGAGCCAAACAGAAGAUGUGAAAGUGGUUGAAGUGCUAUCUGAGUGCCGCCUGCUCUCCUACAUGGCUCGCAUGGAGAACCGACUAGCCUUCCUUUUUAGACUAAUUAAUAUCAUCAGUGUAGAGACACUUACACAGGAGAAUGUGAGCUGUCUAAACACCAGCCUUGUGAUCCUGAUGCUGGCUCGGAGCAAAGGAAAGCUGCCAUUCUACCUGAACGCGUUGCGGGAGAAGGAGUACGCAGAGAAGUAUCCUGGCUGCAUCCUCAAUAACUUUCACAACCUGCUGCGCUUCUGGCAACAGCAUUACCUCAACAAGGACAAGGACCGCACCAGCCUGGAAAAUAGCGCCUGUAUUUGUUUCAGUUACUGGAAAACAACCGUGUCGGUGCUCCUCAGUCCUGACCGGACAUCACCUGUUGCCAUAGCCAGCUACAUUGAUGAGGCCUAUUUGGAUAUUGACAAAGAUUUUAUGGAGGAAUAAUCCUGGUGGAGGACUACUGUCAGCAACAGGCAAUACUUCAGAGAACAUAUCCCAGGCUGUUGUUAUUCAGGGAUACAUCAUUGUGCAGUGUUUUAUGUUGGAUGCUGGAAGUACAGAAUGUUAACUGAUUAUUGCAGGUGUGUUUUAACCCCCAGCAAUCAUUAACAGAUUAUCUCAUUUUUCUGUUUUUCCACAAAAAAUAAUAAUAAUAACCUGGACGUUUUAUUCAGGGACAUUCAAUAUUUUUUUGUUGGUGUGUUGCUUUAGAAUAGUCUACUAUUUUUUUUUUAUUAGUUUUUUUUAUAUAUAUAUUCCAUAUAAAAUAUGUACAGCUCAGCAAAUCUUUAAACGGCAGAUGCUUUCCGAAAGGCAUGGAUCUUUAUCCUUAUAAAUGUAUAUACAUUUACAGUACAUACAAACGGCAGUGGUUCUGUGCAGCCACAUAUAUACGAAUGCUGUCCUCGGACCGCCCAUGGAUUUGUGAAUAAGAAGACUUCUAUUUAUGCUUGUGGAUCUUGCACUCUGCCGUUUCUGAUCAACAAGGUCUGGAUUGUCUGCAGCCUAGAGCAAACACAGAAAUUGAAUUGCUGCUGCCAGAGAUUACCGGACUACAGUGUGCUUUCUUUUUUUUUUUUUUUUUUGGUUUGCCAUAACAUUUGCUCAUAAUCCUCUUUAAAAAAAAUUGCACAAACUGAAAUGACUAUUUUACACCUGUUUAGCAGAUUUAACCCAAUGUUUAGUGUAAUUUGAAAUUAACGGAUUAGUACACGUCAAAUCUUAAAUGUAGCAGAUUUCUCUCCCUACAAUGUUUAAAUGAUAUUUAUGUUUUGAAAGGUGUUCUUGCUAUGUGCUUGGGAGUAGAAGGGUUUUUGUGUUCAGUCUGGUUUGUUUCUCACAAUAACAUGACUUGCUUUGACCAUCAUAAUUUGAUUUGUACCUCUGGGUCUUACAUCUUACAUAGUCUUUAAUUGGUGGUGGUUGGGGUUGGAGGGAAUUGCUAGUGUUUCUGUGUGUCUGGUCUGCAGUAAGAAAUGACAGGUUUAUUGGGUGAGCAGUUCUGGUGCUGUUUUGAAAUAUGUAUUUUUAAGAUCCUAACCAAACACAGUAAUGCAGGGAUUCUCUGGGUGGCUAGAGUAAUCCUUGUAAGGUUAAGCUACCUCAUUCUUCAAUCCAGCCCCUCACACAUGUCCCACCAUCUCCAUCAAUAGGGUUACUACGCAGAAACGUUGGAAGUUUUCAACCAUGAACCAAGUAUUUGUAAUUUAACUCAUUUUAAAAGCAACUGGGUUAUCUGUUCCCACAAAGUUUCAUUUUUUCAUUUCAAUUUUUGUGGGGUAUUCUUUUCAGCCUGCAUCAAUCCUAAGGGAAGUCACAAUUGUGAUGUUGACCUGAAUUUGUGGUAAUGGGCUUUAGGUUUAAUAAGAUCAGUAAUGGCCAGUACUGUUAUCGAAGUGAUUGUCGCCAUAACUAGAAGGAAACUUAACAUUUCUAUUCUUUUGCUGUAGUACCAUCAUUUAUAGCACGUACCCCUCACUGGUUUGCUGUGCGAUGUUUGGUCAUGUAUUCUUUGUAUAUAGGACAUUGCAGUUCACAUAAACCAAAAAAACAAACAAACAA